AUGGAAAUCUAAUUAUUGUGUUUAUAUUCUGAUCAUAAUAACUAAUAAAUUCUUGGAGCCUGCCUUAAUGAAGACUGUUGUUCCCAAAGAGCUUAUUGUUAAAAUUGCAUCGAAGAUCUACACAUGAAUCAUGUAAACGACUUAUGCUCAUUAAAUUAAUUUGAACUAAAACUAAAAGAAGCAAAUUUAAUUAUUGAUUCUUUAUCAAAACACCUUUAACAAGCAAAAAAUUAAAUAUCAUAAAUUGCUAAAUUUUAAUAAUCAAUAAUCUACUUACACUAAUAAAACUUCAAUAAUCUAUCGCAUUUAUAAUUUAACCCUGCUAUUGAUCAACUUAUUGCUAUCAAAAAAAUAGAAAAAGAAUUAAUACCUAUGUUAUAGAAUAUUUGUAAAAAUCUUUAAUCAAUUACAUUAAAAUUUGAAGAAAUUUAAAACUAUGAAAGUAUACUAUUUUAUUCAUCUACAUCUUAGAUAAAUAACAACUAUGUAGAGAGCAGAGCAAAUUAAUAGAACCUCUUAAUGUUGUCUUUCAAAAUAAUGUAGAUAAUAUUGAUAUUUUCGAUUCAGGAAAAAUAGCUUUGAAAAAAAAUUUAGGUUAUCAGUUUGUAAUUGGUUAUCCUCCGAUACCAUUAUAGAAAAGGGUUUCUUUUGUAUUUGAAAUAAUUUCUGUUGGAUUAAGAACAGCCAUAGGAAUAUGUUAGAAAGACAUAAAUAUAAAAGCUUAAUAAUUAAAAGAAGGACAUGGGUUUUUUAUUUAUAAUUCAUUUUAGUUCUUAUUUAAUGGUUAAUUCUGGAAAUUGUUUUGAAAGUAAAAAACCAUAAGGUACUAAAACUGCAUUUGAAUUUUAAAAAGGCUCUAAAAUUCUUAUUGAAGUCAAUACUAUUCAAAAAAAGAUUAUUUGGAGAAAUUUAGAUAAUUUAAAUGAAUAUGUAGAUCGAUUAUAUAUUGUUUAGUCUGUUGCCAUUGAUAUAUCUAAAGAAUUAUACCCAUGUUUGAGAUUGGGACCAAAAAAUUAAAAUGAACCCUCAGAAGUAAGAAUUUUAGAUAAUUAUUAAUGUCAUAACUUUAUUGAAAAAUGA